CAGAAAGGGAAAGGGAAGGGGACCGACAGUAGGGAUCCAUCAUUACCCAGAAACUAAACAAGAAUGUUUUUCGAGCAGUUCGGAGGCAAACAACAAACCCCUGAAGGCAGCAUGGAUACACGUUAUAUAUACGAACUUUUAGGCGAAAAUGCCUGGUACUACAUUGCAGCUUCCUUGGCCUUGCUGUGGAUUCUCGUGUGGCUGUACAGAGACAGCCUGGAGAUAGAGAACGUCUCUGACAAGUAUGUCUUCGUGACCGGCUGCGACACAGGGUUUGGGAACCUCCUGUGCAAGAAGCUCGACCGUAGGGGUUUCCGCGUUCUGGCCGGCUGCCUCACAGAGAAGGGGGCUGAUGAUCUGAAAAGAGCGUCGGGUCCUCAUCUUAAGACGAUCCUGCUGGACGUGACCAGUCAGGACAGCAUCCAGACUGCCAUGGAGUGGACCAAGAAGGAGGUCGGUGAUAGAGGACUUUGGGGUGUUGUGAACAACGCCGGACGUUCCUUACCCAUGGGUCCUUCGGAGUGGAUGAAAGUGGAGGAUUUCCACAGCACCCUGAAAGUGAACAUGAAUGGAGUCAUUGCCAUGACCAUGACCUUCCUGCCCCUCAUCAAAAAGGCCCGUGGACGUAUCGUAAAUGUGGCGUCUGUCCUCGGCAGGGUGGCUGCGAAUGGUGGCGGGUACUGCAUCUCCAAGUUUGCUGUGGAGAGUUUCUCUGACUGCCUUAGGAGAGAUAUAAACUACUUUGGAAUCAAAGUGUGCAUCAUCGAGCCGGGGUUUUUCAAGACAGCUGUGACCAGCCUGGAUCCCAUCGAGAGGGAGCUGCACCGUCUCUGGAACCAGCUCAGCCCCGAAGUCAAAGCAAGCUACGGAGAAAAGUACCUGGAUAAUUACAUUAAGAUUCAGCGUCUGAUCAUGAAUGCUGUGUGUGACUCAGACCUCACCAAGGUGACCAGCUGCAUGGAGCACGCUCUGACCGCGGCUCACCCGCGCACUCGAUACAGCGCCGGCUGGGAUGCCAAG